UCUCUCGUCAUUCCUUGAUAUCCAAUCUUUCCAGUCUCUUUCACGAACCCCUCUCCUUUUCAUACACGAUCUUACAAUCCCUUGCAUCUCUCUCUCUCUCUCUCUCUUGCCGUCUCUUUUCAAAUGGGGAUUGUGUUUGGUGAGCUAUAUUACAGCUGCCUAGCAUUGACUUGUCGCUCACAUACAUCACAGAUUGCUCGUUGCCCAAUUAAACACCAUCAUCUGGAUUCUGGGUUUCUCUUUAAACCCACCAAGAUGGAGGGUUUCUGAUGGCUAGCACUCUCAACAUUGUUCAUCUCAUUUUACUGAGAUUUGUUAUAGGAGUGUAGUGAUUGGCGUUUUGGGGGCUAUGAGGUGUUUCUCAUGCUUGCAUGAAACUGACAUACCAAAGGGUACUACUAAGUCUAUCUCAGUUCGCUCUUCUCCUUUUGCAUCAACUGAUCGAGAUGUGAGAAAAUCUGGAUCUGAAUUGAACUCUGAGAAUCUGUCCUUCCCUUUUGCAUCAACUGAUCGAGAUGUGAGAAAAUCUAGAUCUGAAUUGAACUCCGAGAAUCUCUCUUAUGUAAGCGCCAAAUCAUCUAUGAGGAUCUCAUUAGCAAGUAUGUCCCAAAUACAAAGCAACCUCAGAGAUUUCACAUUGGAUGAACUGAAGACAGCGACAAGAAAUUUUAGCCGCUCUCUUAUGAUUGGAGAAGGUGGGUUCGGUUGUGUAUAUAGGGGUGUGAUACGAGAUUCUGAGGCUUCAUACAAAAGGAUUGAUGUUGCUGUUAAACAACUUGGAGGUAGAGGAUUGCAGGGGCAUAAAGAAUGGCUCACAGAAGUAAAUUUCCUCGGGAUUGUUGAACAUCAGAAUCUCGUCAAACUUGUGGGCUAUUGUGCUGAGGAUGACGAAAGAGGGAUUCAACGGAUUUUGGUAUAUGAAUAUAUGGUCAACAGGAGUGUGCAAGAUCAUUUAAGUCAAUUUAAGGCACCUCUUCCAUGGAUAACAAGGCUUAAAAUUGCUCAGGAUGCUGCUCGUGGCUUAGCAUACCUCCAUGAAGGAAUGGAAUUUCAGAUCAUCUUCAGAGAUUUCAAAUCUUCAAAUAUCCUUUUGGAUGACGAAUGGAAUGCAAAGCUUUCUGAUUUUGGGUUGGCUCGGCUAGGCCCUUGCGAUGGAGUAAGCCACAUCUCAACAGCGGUUGUGGGAACUGUUGGAUACGCGGCUCCAGAAUACAUCCAAACUGGGCGCCUCACAGCCAAGAGUGACGUCUGGAGCUACGGAGUCUUCCUCUAUGAACUUAUCACAGGUAGGCGUCCGAUGGACCUAAACCGACCAAAGAAUGAGCAAAAACUCUUGGAAUGGGUUCGGACCCACCUCUCCGACAUAAAGAAGUUUGAACUGAUUUUGGAUCCUCGACUCAACGGGAGGUACUCCCUCAAGUCCGCCCAAAAGCUCGCGGCCAUUGCCAAUCGUUGCCUAAUUCGUCACCCAAAACUGCGUCCCAAAAUGAGCGAAGUCUUGGAAAUGGUGAAUCGGGUUGUUGAGAAGUCUCGAAUCCCGUAUAAAGAGUCUUCCCAAAAAAUGGCAAUGGGAGGACUCCCUGACAAGUUUUGAAAAGAAGGCUUGUGGUUCCUAUAAUAGGAGAAAACCGGUGGUUGGGGUGGCAAAGUUGGAAGCCUAAGCUUGCAAGGGCUAGUUCAGCAAAAUGAAACUAACAAUGAGGGACUAGGCAGAUGCUUUUGGCUACUUGGGUGAAAUGGGAUUAUGAAGGAAGGCUGCUAUUUUGAUGAACAUGUGAACUUAUGCAGUGUUCCUGUUUUUGUUUUUAUUUGUUUGUUUUUCCUGUGCUUUAGGAACCAUAAACCUCUAUAAGUGAAGAGUCCACCUCAUUAUUUUUUGUGUGUGCGCGCGCGUAACCAUUAAUAAAGGUAUUGUUGCACUUUAA